GAUAUAUAUGUGGUCUACCACCCCCAUGAUAUGCAGCAGCAGCAGACAAACAACAAAAGAGACUGAAUUUAUAUAUAAGGCUCUCUUACCUUCCCACUUUCUCAGGGCAACCCAAAUAUAUAGACAGAGAUCGAUCCAUCAUUUUAUUUGUUUGAUCAUCGAUCACUUCCAAGCACAUUACACAUACUAUACAAUACAUUUAAGUAGCUACUCACUUCAUUCUCACUAGAGAAAGACAAACAAAUCCAUCGAUCGUUCGAUUCGAUUCGAUUCGUUUGAUCUAGAUAAAGAUAUAAUCAUGUCAUCUAAAGAUAAAAAGAGGGCUGCUUUGCAAGAGAAAUAUCAGCUCCUCCGUUCAGUCACCAACUCCAACGCCGCGAACACGGCUUCUAUAUUAGUAGAUGCAUCCAAACACAUUCAAGAGUUGAAGGAAAAGAUUGAAAGGCUUAAUCAAGACAUUAGUGGUUGUGGUAGUAGUAGCACUAGUCCAUUUCCUAAGGUUAGUGUACAAACCCUAGAAAAAGGGUUUCUAGUGAAUGUGUUCUCAGAAAGAAGUUGUCCUGGCUUGUUGGUCUCCAUACUUGAAGCCUUCGAAGAGCUCGGACUCGAAGUUCUGGAUGCUAAAGCUUCAUGUACAGAUCGCUUUGAGCUCGAAGCUGUUGGUGAGGAGAAUGAAGGAGUAGAUAGCUUGGAUGCACAAGUAGUAAGGCAAGCAGUGUUACAAGCUAUUAGAAAUUGGAGUGAGAGUACGUAGACGACGAACUUAGAGUAAUGCAUAUAUGCGUACUUACUCUACAUGUCAAAAAUUAUUGUGUUUUUUGGCAUAGCUAUAGGUUCAUUUGAUUAAUUUGCACAAUGACAUCAAAUUUCGUUACGAUGCCUUAGCUCACUCAUGCCAAGAAAGUAGGCCUAGUUAUUGAACGGGUUGGAGAUUUUCAUGAAUCCCUUAGCUUGUUGUCCCUCCCGCGGUUAGCUUGAAAUUAAGCUAAGUGUACCAUUACAUUACAAUGUUUUAGUAAUAUAUACUAGUUGGUACUUGCUAAUUAAGUGAAUGCAUGCUACGUUUUCCAAAAAAAAAAAAAAAAAAAAAA